GUACCAUCAGAUUGCAAUCCGGCCCGAAGAUCAACACAAAACCGCCUUUCAGACCAGGUACGGUCUGUAUGAGUUUGUGGUGAUGCCUUUCGGCUUUUGCAAUGCUCCUGGCACCUUUCAGCAUCCUAUGAAUCGGAUAUUCCAUGACUACUUGGAUAAGUUUGUCAUCGUGUACCUCGAUGACAUACUUAUUUUUAGUAAGACUGUCGAGGAACAUGUUGCACAUUUGGACAAAGUCCUCGGUCUCCUGCGACAGCAAGUUCAAGAUCAACAGUGAGAACAACGAGUUUGGCCGCACCCGUGUCUUCUACUUGGGUCAUGAGAUCUUCGCGGAAGGGUUGAAGCCCGAUGACGCGAAGGUGGCCAGCAUUCGUGAUUGGCCACGUCCUCAGUCUGUGACUGGGAUGAGAUCUUUCUUAGGAAUGACAGGCUACUACAGAACUUUUGUAAAGAACUAUAGCAUAGUGGCCGCUCCUUUGACUGAUCUAACCCGCCUUGACACCCCGUGGGAGUGGACAGAUGAGUGCGAGGCUGCUUUCAGACAUCUGAAGCAUGAGUUGACGCACUACGAGGUCUUGAAACUUCCUGAUCCUGACAAGCCGUUUACAGUCACCACGGAUGCCAGCCAAUAUGGCAUUGGCGCCGUGCUCGCGCAGCAAGAGAGGCCAAAGUUGAGGCCAGUCAAGUACAUGUCAAAAAAGAUGCCGUCUCAGAAGCUGGCAAAGUCCACCUACGAGAAGGAACUCUACGCAGUGUACAAGGCUCUGACCCAUUGGAGACACUAUCUCCUUGGGAGAUUCUUCAUCCUCAGAACUGAUCAUCAGACCCUGAGAUGGAUGAGAACUCAGCAGGUACUAUCUGACGCUCUGAAGCGAUGGAUCGAAGUCGUUGAGCAAUAUGAUUUCGACCCCCAGUAUCUCAAAGGGGAAUGCAAUAAGGUGGCUGAUGCCUUGUCGCGUAGACCUGACUUUUCAGGUGCGCUGAUUACUGAGUUCGAUCUCACGGACGAUGUUACUCGCUCUUUGGUGGAUGCCUACCGCGAGGAUCAGUUCAUGUCUGAGAUCAUACGCAGACUCCAGGCAAAGGACAAGAAAACCUCUGCUGAGUUUGAGUUGGUCAAUGACUUGCUGUUCCUUGAGAAGGAUGGGAAUAAACGAUUGUGUCCCGAGUAGCGAGUCUUUGCGUAGUUUGUUUUUAGGCGAGUGUCAUGAUGCCACCGGCCAUUUUGGAUAUAAAAAGACCGCAGCCAACCUGCUGCAGCGGUUCUGGUGGCCCACGAUGAUGCGGGAUGCCCAGCUAUACGUGGAGACUUGUCAAAUCUGUCAACGGGACAAGCCACGUACUCAGGCUCCUCUUGGGCUUCUGAAGCCCCUUCCGAUUCCGAAACGGCCUGGUGAGAGUCUUUCCAUGGAUUUCAUGGAUACUCUAAUCACCAGCAAGAGUGGGAUGCGUCACAUCU